AUUAAAAAAAAAUUUAAAUUAUAAUAUUUAUUUUUUUUACUUCAUACAGAGUGGAGAAGAGGCCUCCAUUGUUGCAGAAAUAGUGGAGCUGGAGGAGAAAUUGACGAACAAGAUGCAGACUGCCUCCGGUGAUAACCAUCAACAAAUCUGCUGCAUGCACAUUCUAUGAACUGACAUAUAUAAGAGAUGUUCCUUAUAAGCCUCAAGAGUUCUACAUUAAGACACGCAAAUGCGAGCGAGAUGCCAGUGCAGAUAUUGUGAGGAUCUGUGAGAGCUAUAUUAAAGGACUCUGAUUUUAAUGAAGUUGAUAGAGCUGAGUGCCAGUUUUGUACAACAGCCACUGUUCUGGACAGCGGAUCGCAGAUUAGUCCCUUUCAACAACUAAAGAGGGGUAAAAAUGAUAUAUUUGCAUCCAUUGAAAGAAUUUGGAGAAAACUCUAGGAAGCUUUGGUAGACUACAUCACAGGAAAAACUUGCAGCAGAAGUGCUCUGGGUUUUUUUACUUCAGCUGCCGCAUACAGUAUGUAUACAUGAGGUGGAUACUGCUCUUUGGUCUACUUUUGGCAAUUUUUCCAACGGUGCUUGUGGUGCUAUGGCUUGUAUAUCAGAAAGGAUUCUUUGAUCCUCUUGAGUGUUGGAGAGAUCAUUUUUGGGAUGAUAAUCAGAUAAUCCAAGGCACAUGGAGGCAUGAUAUUGGCAAUAACAAUUACUACAUUCGUGUUAAGAAACAUAAUGAGCAUGAGCCCAGGCACCACAAACAUGAUUCUCAUUAUAAGCAAAAUAGCAUUUGUCAUGAGCACAGUCAUAACCAUUCAAGAAGAGACACCAAAUAUAAGGUUAACAACCACAAGCACAGGCAUAGACAAUCUAAGAAUCCAAGCAGCACACAUCAAGCUUACUUGGACGGGAAGGAGAUUCACUAUAUAAGCCACAGACAGAGAGGAAAGCCAGGAGUAACUCUGAAGAUAGCAUGGUGAAGAACAGGGAGAUGAAUUUUUGAAGUACAGAAUUUUUUGCAGAAUGACACACGUGGCUUGAGGUGCUUACUAAACAGAAAAAAAUGUGGCAACUGAAAUUGAUUCCGUUUGUAUUUUGACUUUUAACAUCACAAGUAUAUCAGUCCAAACAUCUGUAUCACUGUAUGUCUCCAUUCCUCGUUUAUUUGUUGCAGAGGAGCAAACCUAAGAUUGAUGACAAUUAAGAUUUAAGUCUUCA